AUGGGAUCCUACAAGUAUAUCAUGAUGUAUUUUUCGCUUUCCGCCCUAGUCUAUUCUCUUUUGAGCAUUCUCGUCAGACCGGUAAGUGAACCGAAACAUUCGCUCAUGUGUAGCUGAGCACACCAUCAAACCAAGAGUCUAAACUUUUGACCCAAUUUCCUGUUGAGCAUUACGAUUUGAUUAUAUGAUCAGAAUUUCAAACCAAGCCAACAAGAGUCGUUCAGGACAUUCUCUCCUACAGUUCAUGUUUCGUCGUCUUCAUUCAGAAUUCGAAUGCGUUGUUCAGCCCCAAAGUUAUGGUUUAUCUAAUAUGUGAGUGCAUCUUAACCCAACCCUCAGAUCAGAAGAGCAGAAGAACAUUCGAAUUCAGCGUCCAUCUGCGGCUUCUACUUCUUCUUCACCUCCCUGAUCGCAGUUCACUUUGUUUAUCGGUACAAUGCUCUGAAGAACGGCUCCCAGUGGGUCUACUUCCGCGGCAAGUUUUCCGUUCUCUGGUUUCUCAUCUCUCCGCUUCUCUACGUCAAUUGGACGAUGAACUGUUUACUCGCUUUCCAGCCAAACCCAAAAAGUACCGAAUUCCUCAGGUGAGCGCUAUUUUUAGAAGAAGAAAGAGAAAAACAACCGGUUGUUUAUUUCAGAAAUCGAAUUCUGACGGAAUUCGGUAUUGACGUGGACGGCAUCACCUACAUUAUUGCCGACUUUUAUCCGACCGACGAGUUUGGAGUUGUUCAUCCAAACUGGAACACGUUCAUAUCGGGAUUCAACUUCUUGGUCAUGACUGUCAGGGAACAACUUGUGACGUCCUCAGAACUCUCAUUUCCAGAUAUUGUCUUUAUCGGUGAUCUUCGUGUACGCCUUCAAAUGCUACUUCGAAACGACACGUGUGCAGUUGGCCGGCCGGAACUGUUCCCUGGCGCUCAAACUGCUGCACACUCAACUAUUCUGUGCCCUUCUCUUUCAAACUCUCAUCCCGCUCGUCAUUAUGUACAUCCCGCUCUUCAUUCUUUUCGUGUUUCCCAUGCUCUACAUCGACAUUGGAUUUGCCGAAUACGUAGCCAUCUCUAUUUCUGUUUAUCCGGCUCUCGACGCGCUUCCGACCCUUCUCUUCGUCCGCGAUUACCGAAAUUCCAUUUCGAGAUGCGUCCGACGGAAGCACACCGACGACGUCCGUUCCAUUGAACCGUACUACGUUCGGAGGGCCAGCACGAACUUUUCGGCGCCGAUAAAUAGUGCUGUUCAGGCAAGCAGAAUAGAGUUUGCGUGA